UGUUUACCAUUUCGGAUAGGAAAUGGGCAGUUGAUAAGAACCAGACUCCAACUUAUAUCUUGCGUUACUCUUCGGACAUUUUCGCUCAGUUUAUCGUCAACCGUGAUACACGCUAGAGAUUCAAAGUGGUAGACAACAUGCUGAAGGUCCGGUUGAUUUCGCUGCUCGCUAGCAUCUUGAUAAUUUGUGUCACGAUCGUGACAUCCAAGAACUACAAAUGCACUGUCGUCAACGAAGCCGGUUUCUGCUUCCUGGAAAACGUUGUUCUGAACGAUUCGUACAGUAUGAAAACCCUCGAGGUUCCCAAGCACCCGAUUUUGCUGAUAAAAUCCGGCUCAAUUCCACACUUCACUAAGGAAAUCUACGCCCAUAUGCCAGCGGUUCGCCUUCUGCAUAUGUACAAUAACACUGGUAUCCGGAAGCUACUGGUCGCGAGCAGCAACCUCACCGAGAUUAACCUGCAGCGAAACGGAUUGCUGGAAUUCGAUAUAGAACCAGUGGAAAAUAGCGUGCUGAAAACGCUAACCAUUGUCCACAAUGCCAUCACGAUCAUUCCCAAAAACAUCCGCUUUCUGGAGGGUUUGGAGAAGUUAUACCUCUACAACAAUUCCAUCGAGUACGUGGAUUUGGAGCUGUUCGAGAACGCGACCUCCCUCAAAGUGCUCUCGCUCUACGACAACAAGAUCAAGACGCUCGAUUCUCGGGUGGACCUCCGCUUCGUUAACCUUCAGACUCUUUCGCUGAGCAAGAACAAGCUGGCGUUCAUUCCGUACUUCUUCGAGGCCUUCCCCCUGCUGAACGCCAUCUCACUUCGCAAGAAUCCCUGGAACUGCCGCUGGCUCGAGUCGGCGAUGAGUCACAUCGAGCAGCGACGGAUUCAGAUCGCUCGCAAGGAUGCCCUCUGCCGGGAUCGUUGGGUCGGGGACAUCUGCUGCUACAAAACGGUGAUGGAUUUCGUGCUGCAUCUUCAGCAGGAACAAACAGGCAAAGAUCGGGAGGAGCUCCGUGCGGUGGCCCAACAGAGCCAGACUCUCAAGCAUCUGCUCGAGCAGUUGAGUGACAGUGUGCACAAAUUGGAAGUGGCAAGCAAUAAAAAUUGAGCUUUGAAGUUUCAGAGACGCAAAGAAGAACGUUUUUCUCUGCGAUAGCAUUAUUUCAUAAGUUUUUCCCUCCUCCUGGAAUGAAAAAUGUUGCCUUUACAGCAGAAAAGAUAUGUGCCGAUAAGAAAAGUUUCAAUCGCGAUGGAAAGUGUGAAAUUGGGUCUUGAAGUGAAAAGUGGCAUAAAAUUUAUGCGCGGGACCGAUAAAACUGUGUAUCGUUAGGCCAUACAAAAGCCACCAAAAAUUAUAACUCAAAUUGCAGCCAAUCAACAGUUAA